AUGCCGCGCCGAACAUCUCUAGUCCCUGAUCUUUUCCACGUCAAGCGGACCAUUGUGACUAACUCUCCGCCGUCCAUCCACACGGAAAUCUGCGGAACCUAUACCGACUUGGAUUCGGCCCAAACGGCUGGGUUGCACCGACUCGAAGACGAAGGUUAUCCUCGAUCCGUACUGAACGAGUACGCCGAGAACGAUCUCACCAGCCCGCUGUCCUCAUCGUGGCGAUAUGGCCAGAAUGUCCUUGUGCACGCUCGCAAGGGGGACGAGAUUCAUGACGUCGAGAUACAGUCCACACCGAAUUCACUUGGGGUCCGGUCUAAGCCUUUCGACGGCAGAGUCUGGGACAAUUUGUUCUACUUGCUACGCACAAUCCAGAGCCGCUCGGGUUCGGUCCAUACGGAGAUCAGGGGAAUAUAUCUCUCCAAGCAGGCGGCUGUGUCUGCUGCGAGGCAUGAACUAGUGAGUGGUGAGCACAGGCAGGACUGGUACCAAGAGUACAGUGAGGCACCUGUGGCCGCUCAGGACGACGAUAUGGCAAGUCAGUUUGUGGUGAGUGCCUUGGGGCAAGAUGGCGUGAGAUAUGUCAUGAGCGUGACGCACGAAACUUGA